CCAACAGCCUCCAAGCCCUAAGGAUAUAUAGCCGCCAGCAGGGGACAGCGAUCCUGACUUUGAUUUUUUUAGGAGCUAAAGCCGGCUGAUUUAGCCCCAGAAGAUGGAACUGCGAGUAACGAGCAUCCUUCUUCUCCUUGCGGCCCUGGCUGCAGUACACGGAGAACGAUAUUAUAUCAAGAAAGCUGUCAAGGCAGCACCCCAGUACCAGCCUUACUCCGUGAAGAGCCAUGUAGUGCAGGUAGCAGGUGAGCCAGGUCCUCCAGGUGAGCCAGGUGAGCCCGGACCUGAAGGCCCCCCCGGACCCCAAGGAAAAGGAGGUGUUGGAGCCCCUGGCCCAGCAGGACCACCCGGACCACAAGGACCAGCUGGCCACACUGUAGUUGGCAAGCCAGGUUCUCCAGGUAGCCCAGGAAAGCCCGGUGAAAGAGGUGCAUCUGGCCCAAGAGGAGAAGCAGGUGCAAAUGGACCUCAGGGUCCCAGGGGAAUGCCUGGCCCUGGUGGCAGCCCUGGACCUGCAGGCCUUUCUUCUCCCGGUAAACCUGGGUCACACGGUUUGCCUGGAGCAAUGGGGGCAAGAGGAGAACCAGGCAUGAAGGGACAUCCAGGUCUUCCUGGCCAGCCAGGUGCCAAAGGAGAGAGGGGACAUGGCAUACCUGGUGCAGCAGGUGAACCUGGUGCUAUGGGUCCAAUGGGCCCUGCUGGUCCAAGCGGUCAGCCAGGUGUUGGUAAACCAGGGAAGGCAGGCAUGCCAGGGGAACCUGGGAAGUCAGGUACACCUGGUCGGGAUGGGGCUUCUGGACCCAUGGGUUUGCCCGGUGGAAAAGGCCAUACUGGAGCUCCUGGGAUGGGAAUGCCAGGAAAGCCAGGAGAUAAUGGUGCUCCAGGUAUGCCUGGCUCUACGGGAGCGAAGGGGCCCCAGGGAGCUACAGGAGCACCUGGAGAACCAGGUAGCCCAGGUUAUGGAAAACCAGGUGUAAGUGGAGCAAAAGGAGAGAGGGGAGUAGUUGGUAGCCCAGGUACCACAGGUCAGAAAGGAGAACCAGGCCCCACUGGGUACACUGGGCCAACAGGUGCCACUGGCCCUAUGGGACCAGCUGGUCCUCAGGGACCAAGAGGUUUUCAGGGAGAGACAGGUAUAACUGGACUUAAAGGUGAUACUGGUUUAAUUGGACCUGCAGGAGCCAAGGGACCAAAGGGUGAACAGGGAGCACAAGGUUUUGAGGGCAAGUCAGGAUAUCCGGGUGCAACAGGCCCAGCUGGUGCCAGGGGUCCUACCGGAGCUCCUGGUAGCAAAGGUGAGAUAGGCUACACAGGUGCACCAGGUGCAACAGGGGCAACUGGACCUGCAGGACCUAAGGGUCUCCCAGGGAGAGCUGGAGAGCCAGGGGCAGCUGGAGAAAAUGGAGCACCAGGGUCAAGGGGACCAGCUGGGCCUGUUGGUCCAGCAGGUGCACCAGGCACCAAAGGUCACCCAGGUCUUACUGGGGCACCAGGCCCUGCAGGACUAUCUGCAAAGGGAAUUACUGGCCCUCAGGGUCCUGUUGGACCUACUGGGGCCAGAGGAGAUGAUGGUGAGCCAGGAGCCGAGGGGCCAUCUGGCCCACCUGGUCCUCCUGGCCCGCCCGGCGAGGUAGUUUUUGCGAAAAGCAUGAAGGCAGAAGAGAUUAUCAUGCCUGAGCUAGUCAAGGCCCCCAUGUCUGCCUUCAGUGCAGUGCUGACAAAGGCUUACCCACCAUCUGCAGAGCCCAUUCAGUUCGACCAGGUCAUCUACAAUGCAGAGCAGCACUAUGACCCCACCACUGGAAUCUUCACCUGCCAGGCCCCUGGAGUCUACUACUUUUCCUAUAGCAUGCAUGUCAAUGGGGCUAACGCCUUGGUGGCACUGUACAAAAACGGUGAGCCUAUCAUGUUCACUUAUGAUGAGUACAACAAGGGCUUCCUGGACCAGAUGUCUGGCAGCGCUGUUCUUCAGCUGAACGAGGAGGACACAGUCUACAUGCAGAUCCCAGAUGAUGAAGCCAAUGGCAUCUUUGCUGCCGAUAAUGUCCACUGCUCCUUCUCUGGCUUCCUUAUUGCCUCAACGUGAUACAGCACUUUAAAUGAUCACUUUAACAUCAAAAGGUCAGAAGCCAUUUCUCCACGGAGCAAGCUCCCUGUAAUAGUACCCCACAGCCAAGCAGGUUAACUUUUGGAUAAAAUUAGAAAAUGGAGGGAAAAAAAGCAACGGAAAGCAGUAAAAUAUGUACCGUCUCAGUAGAUUUGUUUGUUACUUUGAAGUAUGUUAAUGAGAACAAAAGCAACAGGGGCCUGUAAGAAGGAAAUCAUCUUAUGGAACAAUCAAAAAUUGAACUAUAGUGUAAGGAGUAUGAAUGUUACAGAUUCUUAAUGUGGUUGGAGACAGCAAAUAAAAUUCAAGAAGUUUUUUGGCUAAUCUUUCUCUGAUAAUCGUUUUGUUUUUACCGUUUUGAACGGGUGAGUCUUAUUUUUGUUUGUUUGUCUGUCUUUGAAAAUGGUGCUAUCGAGAACAUAAUCAAUAUUCAUGAUGAUUAAUCAAUGAAAAGUGCAAUUACUUUUUGUACAAUAUGUCUGAACUCAUUGAAAACAGUGAAAUUGCAACAAUAUGGAAUUCAUGAAUGGGAAAAUUGUAAGCAAGACAAUAAAAUGGCAUUUAAAUUUAGAACAACGUGAUGCAUUAUGUUCUGUACAACAUAUUGGCCAAAAAUAAAAACAUUUUGUCUUA